GUCGAAACGAGUGAUCCGCAGGGGAAUCAUGGCCGCCAUUUCCUGCAACACACCUGCAGGCAGCAUCAAACAGACAAUCAAUGCAUGCUGACAAUACUAGUCGUUUUCUCAUCCUCCUCCCUCCCUCCCUCCCUCCCUCCCUCCCAGGGCUUGCCGGGCUGUCGACUUGCCUGUGUCCUGGUCGUGCUCAUCGAAUGCUCUGCCGAUGAUAGCCAUGUCGAGUGGCUGCAGCAGGUGCAUCGACAGCUUGGCACGCUUCGAGAAGAUCUCCCAGAAGGCCCGUUUCUUCUUGGUGGCCACGUCGACCAGCAGCUUCUCCGCCGUCCGCACCAGGUGGCGCACAUCAGCAUUCACCAACACGUUCUGAUAGUCAUGCCUACCAACAGAACCCACAAAGAUCUGUGCCAUCAUUCUUUUAUUCAUUCGGCCUUUCUUCCUGCUGGGCUGACCGGAUAGGUCUGAGGUUGAACUUGAUGGUCCUCUGCGGCCCAUCGCUCGUGGCUGCGCGGACAUCCAGAUGCGACAAGCCUCUCACACAAGACGGCGGCGCAGGGGCACUUCCUGCUGCCAGCUGCAACUGGGGAGGAUGCAGCCAGCGGGAGAUGGGCAGCAUUUCUGGAGCGGUGUGGG